AUGAUUUGGAAAUGGCUGGGCGCUUUGCUGCUUUUCCCCGUGCAGAUGGUUUAUUUGGUGGUGAAAGCUGCCGUGUGCACGGUGCUGCCGCCCAAGCUCCGAGACCUGUCCGGGGAGAACGUGCUCGUCACCGGAGGGGGCAGAGGCAUCGGCCGCCAUCUGGCCCGGGAGUUCGCGAAACGGGGAGCCAAAAAGAUCAUCCUGUGGGGUCGAACUGAGAAAUGCCUGAAGGAGACCACAGAGGAAAUCAGGAUGAUGGGGACAGAAUGCCAUUAUUUCAUUUGUGAUGUAGGAAAUCGUGAGGAGGUCUAUCGGCAAGCCAAAGCUGUGCGGGAAAAGGUGGGCGAUAUCACUAUCCUGGUGAACAAUGCUGCCGUGGUCCAUGGUAAGAGCCUGAUGGACAGUGACGAUGAUGCCCUGCUCAAAUCACAACAUAUAAACACCUUGGGACAGUUCUGGGUAAGACAAGCUCUUGAGUACGGACACAUUGUUUGCCUGAACUCUGUCCUGGCCUUGUCAGCCAUCCCUGGUGCCAUUGACUACUGCACCUCUAAAGCUUCCUCCUUCGCCUUUAUGGAGAGCCUGACCUUGGGGCUGCUAGACUGUCCUGGAGUGAAUGCCACAACAGUCCUGCCCUUCCACACGAGCACAGAGAUGUUUCAGGGCAUGAGAAUCAGGUUCCCUAAUCUUUUUCCUCCUCUCAAGCCAGAGACAGUGGCUAGGAGGACAGUAGAAGCUGUUCGGAUGAAUCAAGCCUUCCUGCUCCUUCCAUGGACAAUGCAUGUUCUUGUCAUCCUAAAAAGCAUUCUCCCUCAGGCAGCACUUGAUGAAAUCUACAAGUUUUCUGGGAGCUACACCUGCAUGAACACUUUUAAAGGACGAACAUAGACUUGAUGGUGCAAGGACUAUUCUUCAGUGAAUCCAACACAAGCAUGAAAAUCCUGACAAGACUGUGAAUCAGCAGUCUUGGCUUUUAGCCUGUUCAUGUGACUCGUGCUGCUCUGAGGCAACACAUUUCUUGCAGGUCAUAUCCAUAGUAACAUGACCUUUGCACAGGAUUGAAUGACUAGACUAUGGACCCUUGGAAAGAAAAACAAAAAGUGUGAAAUGUUUAUACGAUGUUUAAUUCUUUAGAGUUCAAUUGUUAAAUCUACUCAUAGUUUUAAGAUGUAAUUUUUGUUUCUGAAGUGUUUGUAGGCUGUCUCAGCCAAGAGGCAGCACAUCACACCCCAUCCUUUACCCCCUCUCUUCAGAGGAACUGCAAUUACUAACUGCUACUGGUUUCAUUUCAGCUUUUUGAACGGGGAACUUAAAAAAUACUUUAAAGAACUAAAAGUUAUGGACAUUUAAUGGAAGCUUCCUUCCCUUCCUUCACUUUACAUCCGUUGAUGAAGCUUUUCCCAACUCAUAUCAGGGAAGGAGCAAACUGUGGAGCAACGUUUUCUUUGCUAAAGGCCAUCCAGGCCUUCUGUCUGGAAGGACUGUGCUGGGCCCAAGCAAGCUGUGUUACUUCAGCUGUGAAGGCUGGAGAGGAAUGCUCAGUCAGAAGAGCAGACAGUUUGAAUAGUGAAAGAUUCUGUCACUGAACUCAUAUAUGAAAUAUAAUUGUCUUUCUGAAUAUUUUUGUUCAUUUAUG